AUGCACAGCCUAAAGCUCCACCUCACCCCACUCACCCACCCGACGUCUCUCCUCCGGGACCGUCACCGCGAGUGGUGGCACCAAAUACUCGACCCGAGCAGCCAUGUCGUCAACCGUUGGAACCGCGUCUUCUUCGUCACGUCUCUCAUUGCCCUUUUCGUCGACCCUCUCUUCUUCUACCUCCUCGGCUUCCGAGCCGACCGACAUUGCCUCACCAUGGACUUCGCGUGGGCCGGGUUCCUCGUCACCACCCGCACCAUCAUCGACCUCUUCUCCGCACUCCACAUCAUCAUUAAAUUCCGCACCGCCUAUGUGGCGCCCACCUCUCGAGUCUUCGGAAGGGGCGACCUCGUCAAGGACCCCUACAAAAUCGCCGUUCGAUAUUUGAAGGGCGAUUUCGCCAUCGAUCUUGCCGCCGCCCUUCCCUUGCCUCAGUGUGUAGCAUGGGGAGUUAUGCCAUUCACGAAGUCGAACACGAGCACGAACGUGAAUCACGCCAUUUCCUUACUCAUCAUCCUUCAAUACAUCCCGCGGCUCAUCGUCAUAUUCCCUCUCAACUGGCGUAUCAUAAAGAACACGGGCGUCGUGGCAAAAACCGCAUGGACCGGGGCAGCAUACAACCUCAUUCUCUACUUGUUAGCAAGUCAUGUUUUGGGAUCCGUGUGGUACUUGAUGUCUGUGGAGCGAAUCUUUUCGUGCUGGAAGCACGAAUGCAGGCACGAAAGAGGAGCCGUUACUUGCCGGAUAAGGUAUCUCGACUGUGACUCGUCGGGCCUUGAAUACGAGAGGUGGUAUAACAACACCGAGGUCUUCAACGGAUGUGAUGGAAAAGGAAACAAUUUCGAUUUCGGGCUGUUUGCGGAUGCACUUAACGACGAAGUUCCUUCGGCGAAUUUGAUCGAGAAAUAUUUCUAUUGUUUGUGGUUCGGUUUGAGAAGUCUAAGCUCGUACGGGCAGAGUCUCUCUGCAAGUGCUUACGUAGUCGAGACUGUCUUCGGUAUUCUCAUAUGUCUCAUGGGACUCGUUUUCUUCGCGCUUCUCAUCGGCAACGUGCAGACCUAUCUACAAUCCACGACUGCAAGACUCGAAGAAUGGCGCGUGAGGAGAAGAGACACCGAGGAAUGGAUGAGACAUCGGCAACUUCCCCCCGAACUACAAGAACGCGUUCGCCGAUUCGUGCAGUACAAUUGGCUCUCGACGAGAGGAGUUAAAGAAGAAGACAUUCUCCAAGCUCUUCCUCUCGACUUACGCCGUGAGAUUCAAAAGCAUCUUUGUCUUGAUCUCGUUCGUCGUGUCCCUUUCUUCUCGCAAAUGGACGAGCAACUUCUCGACGCGAUAUGCGAGCGUUUGGUCCCGUCCCUCAACACGAAAGGCACAUACGUUGUUCGAGAAGGUGACCCGGUUAACGAGAUGCUCUUUGUUAUCCGUGGCCAGCUCGAGAGCUCGACGACCGACGGUGGCCGAUCGGGAUUCUACAAUUCGAUCACACUAAAACCGGGGGAUUUUUGCGGGGAGGAGCUGCUCACGUGGGCCCUACUCGUGACGGCAUCGAACCUCAACCGGCCGGCGUCCACGCGGACCGUUCGGUGCCUCACGGAAGUCGAGGCUUUCGCAUUGCUAGCGGAUGACCUGAGGUUCUUCGCGAAUCAGUUCAAGCGGCUGCACAGCAAGACUUUGCAGCACGCGUUUAGAUAUUAUUCGCACCAGUGGAGGACUUGGGGUGCGUGUAUUGUACAGGCGGCGUGGAGGAGGCACAGGAGGCGGCGGGUGGCGGAGGAGCUGCUCAGACACGAGAGCAUGUCGAUGAUGAUUAAUCGGAUGAGCUCGUCGGAUGAUGAUGAGGAUGAUGAUGAUGAGGAUCUUUCGGAGAGAAGCUUGAUGGGGACUCUUUUGGCUUCCAAAUUUGCGGCUAAUACGAAGAAAGGGGUGGGGGGCGGCGGGAAGGUUAGGUUCGUGGAGGGAGGGGAGUCGAGCUUGAGGAUGCCGAAGCUAUUUAAGCCCGACGAGCCGGAUUUCUGA